UUGAACGUACAGUGAGCAGUGGAUUCUGAUGUCCACCCAACACAAAUCUAGUACAGAAAACCUGCCAAUAUCCAGUUCCAUCAAGUCCCAAGCCUGUAGGCGUUAAGAUUGCUGGGUGCAUGUCAGAACUACAGAUUCCAGAGCUACACAGUUCUUGUUUGUUUUGGCCCAGGACAGGUGGGGGUGCACUCUGUGCUUGCUGUCUGCUGGAAAUAAGUCACAUGCCUCAACAAUGCUCCUCCUACUUAACAGCCUCGCAGCUGCAAAUCUAAUCUUGUAAACUAGAGGCUGUCAGAAAAGAUAGAAGCAGAAAAAAUAUGACAAAGUGAACAUGAAGUUUGUGCAGUAAAUAAUCUGUCUAGAGAAUAAUUAUGGAUAUCUUCAACACGUUGUUCUUGGCAGGCUUGGUGGUGGUUCUGCUUGUGGUAAUCAGAUGGAAAAGUAAAAUGCGCAGACUUCUUCUAUCCCCGGGACCACUAGCUCUGCCUCUGCUUGGCAAUCUUGUUAUGCUGAACAAGCGUGCACCCUUUAAAAGCUUCCUCAAGUGGAGUAAGACCUAUGGUCCAGUGAUGACGGUGUACCUUGGGCCCCAGAGAGUGGUGGUUCUGGUGGGCUAUGAUGCAGUAAAGGAGGCCUUGGUAGACCAGGCAGAUGACUUUGCAGGCAGAGCCUCAAUCCCCUUUAUGCACCGAGUUGUGAAAGGCUAUGGUCUAGUCAUCAGUAAUGGAGAUCGUUGGCGUCAGCUAAGGCGUUUCACGCUCACUACGCUGAGAGAUUUCGGAAUGGGGCGCAGGAGGAUCGAGUACUGGAUUCAGGAGGAGAGCAGACACCUGCAAAACAGCCUCAGAGAAACCAAAUCUGCUCCAUUUGACCCCACGUUCUACCUGAGUCGAGCUGUGUCCAACGUGAUCUGUGCGUUGGUGUUUGGCCAGCGCUUCAGCUAUGAAGACAGCAACUUACUCCGCCUUUUCCAGAUCAUCACUGCAAUACUGCGCUUUGGCAGCAGCCCAUGGGGACAGGCAUACAAUGUGUUCCCCUGGCUCAUGGAACACCUGCCUGGGCGUCACCAGACCCUCUUAAGAGAAGUGGACGAACUUAAGGCCUUCAUUGUGGAAAAAAUAAGAACACACAAGGAAAAGGACAGUCCAGAGACAGAGUUCCACUAUGAUAACAUGGUGUCAACUGUCCUCAACCUGUUCCUGGCUGGGACUGAGACCACCAGCACUACUAUCAGAUAUGCUCUGAUGCUGCUAAUCAAGUACACACAUAUACAGGAGCAAAUGCAGAAGGAGAUCGACACUGUGAUCGGAACUGAGAGGAACUCUUUAAUGCAAGACAGAAAGGCCCUCCCCUUCACGGAUGCAGUAAUCCACGAGGUGCAGCGAUAUCUGGAUCUUGUCCCUUUCAGCCUUCCACACUACGCCACACACAACAUCUCGUUUAGAGGCUACGCCAUUCCUAAAGGUACAGUGAUAAUUCCCCUACUGCACUCUGUCCUGAAGGAUGAGGGAAUGUGGGACAACCCCUGGACUUUUGACCCAAACAACUUCCUGGAUGCAAACGGCAACUUCAGAAACAACCCUGCCUUCAUACCUUUCUCCGCAGGUAAGCGGUCGUGUGUGGGCGAAUCUCUGGCUCGUAUGGAGCUGUUUAUGUUCAUCGUGUCUCUGCUGCAGCAUUUCACCUUUAGUAGUCCAGGUGGGCCGGACAGCGUUGACCCCACCCCCGAACUAAGUAGCUUUGGCAACCUGCCCCGCAUGUACCAGCUCAUCGCCACCCCCCGCUGAACAGCCGCAGUACUGCAGGAUAAAGGUGUUCACCAAAGCAAAACAAUGCAGAAAACAGAGGGUCCCUAAUACUGCGUGAUAAACACUGGUAUACUGUGAUUUUGACCGAUAGAACAAUUCAAAAUACAUAGAAACUUUAGUUUUUAAAGACAGUUUUGUAGCAUGGUGUGCCAGUGCUCACUGGGUUUAUUAACAUUACUAAUGCACACCUAAUUCUCAUGAUACAGUGAUGGCAUAAUAUACUUGGAAAAUACUGUGAUAUUGAUUUUUGGCAGUGGUUCCCAGUUAGAAUCAGUGUUAUGUUCAUGCUGGUUAUUUACUCCACAAAAGAUGGGGAAGAUUUGAAGAACUGAUCUUGUCUUGUAUGUUGUUUUUCCAACUAACAAAGCCUGUUUAUACAAUCUGUGUCAUUGCUGCAUUAUCUGGACUCAGAUGGUAAAUAGAAAAUGCAGUUGCAGGCAGGACUGCAAAAACAUUUCUGGGUCAUUCUACAGAAAUCUCCACUUUUCUAUCUCUCAUAGGAGUCACUGGUGUUACCAAUCCACAUUGGUGUUACACAUAAUAAAGGUAACACCAGAGACAUUUUUAAUGAAACAUGCAUUUUACUAAACGGCUGCUACAGAGCAGCAAACCAUGUGUUGUCAAUCAUGGAAUAUCCAUUAAAAUAUGUAAUUAAAUCCAUUUAUAUUCUAUUUGUUCACAAUUUCUGCAAUGCUAAGAAGGUUUGCAUGGAUUCGGCUAAACACCAUUCUAAAGUUCUAAUAUUGUACUUUUCUAAUGUUUACAGCUCUAAUAAACUUAAAAAGGGAACAAUCCAA